AUGGCAAUCAACAGUGCAGAGGUCGCAUUGCAAUCGAUACGAACGGGAAUAUUGACAAACUUCGAAAGACAGAGCGAAUUGCUCAUAUCGACACGAAAGGAUCAUUCUCAUUCGGAUGAUUUAUUACCUCCCGAUCUGGUAGUGGAUGUUUUGGCAGAGGGAACUUCAAAUAUCAAAGCUUACAUCGAAGGCGAAAUUGGAAAACAGGCAGAAGGAAGUCAAGAUGCUAUUAGAGAUAUUGUCAAACGUGAUCUUCUAUCUGUGGAAUGCAAGAGAUUCAUCUUUGAAGUUUUAUCCACUCUAUCAACAUUAGACGAAGAUGAGGUACGACAUGGCAUUCGACGUCUUUUUGACCGAUUCGAUAUCGUACUAAACCUCGACAUUGAAGAUGUAAUAGAACCAACGUUGAUGAUGAGCAUCCACGAAGAUAUUCUGGAGCGUUUACCAAUCGAAUCAUGCUCACUACACUUCACAUACAUCGAGUCUAGAAAAGACCUAUUAACCAAAGGUCUCUUGCCGACAAAAGGAAAAGGUCUCACACUCCUACGGAUAUGCAACGAACUCUUACGACGUCUGUCAAAGCCUAUACGGCAGCAUACAGUCUUUGCAGGUCGUGUAUUGAGUUUGUUGAGUAGCGUCUUACCAUCAGGCGAAAGAAGUGGUGUCAACUUUCGAGGUGAUUUCAAUGUAGACAACAAGACUACAAUAGAUGAUCAAAGCAAAGAAGAACGUAAAGCUGCCGAAGCCAAAGCGCAGCGGGAAGCUGAUGAAAUUUUAGCCCAGUCACAUUCUGAUCCACGAUUCUAUGCAAUGUUCUGGUCAGCGCAAAAAUGGUUUGCCAAUCCCACUUUACUCUUCCAUGCUCUAACGGCAGAUCAGGCGGCUGAAGAGGAUGACAUCGUAUUACCCCGAAAUGUCAAAGAUCCAGCUCCAGAAGGCAGCAAGGGUCCGGUGAAGAACUUUCGUAUCGUUACAAGGGCCAUAUUGAACGUAUUCGCUGCUGUUGGGCGUAUAGAGAAAGAACUGUCGGGAAAAUCGAUAAUAGAAGAACGGAAACGAGUGUUAGAUCAAGCCACAGCUGAUGCAGCUCAAGCCCCUGAUGCAGGACAUAACGUCAGUGUCAGACAAUCAAAGAAAGAAGACGCUGUCGAUCCAGCAAACGAUGAUGGCUUUUUCCCGAAAUAUCUGACAGGUCAGAACCUUUUCGAGUAUGAGAUCCGAGAUGCAAGUUUCAGAAGGCACAUUCUGGUCCAAUUCCUCAUUCUUCUGCAGUUCAUGUUGGGCUUCACCACCCAGAAUAAGGAAAAGAUGGAAAAGUACAAGAACAAACCGCUUCUCAAUAUGCUCAAUUCUUCAAACUUCACCUUGGACGAAACCGAUGAGCGAUGGAUUCACGAGAUAUGGAAAGAUAUCAUUUCAACCCUGAAUAGCAUUCCACCGAAUGGAAAAGCAUACAGCGAUGCUAUUGUAUUGGUAUUGACCCGAGAGGUAAAUUGGUUGAGAUGGAAAGCGGAAGAUUGUCGUCCAAUCGAUCGUGCUUCACUAACGAAAGAAGAAUUGCAAGCAUACACAAAAGCGUUCAAGACCUUUUCUCAACCUUUGAGACCUUAUCCGCAUUCUGUUGGAACAGCAGCUCUGUCCCGCCUUUGGGAAGAUGGAGUGAGUAAACCUGAACCACAAAUUCGAAAGAUGGAGAAUGCUGAGGGAUUCGAAGUGGAAGUUAAAACCGAUGGUUUGGAUGAGCUUGAGAUGGGACCUAGAAUUCCUUCUCUCGAGCAAUAUGCAUCACAAAUCGCACAAAACGAACAAAAGGCAAAACGCAGAAGGGAAGAUCUGGGCUACGAGCAACCGUUGCAUUAUGUUCUUUCUGUCUCCGUCCCGGCCGAGCAAAGAAAGAAGGAGGGUGAGAGAAUCAUAAAGGAAGAGAAUGAUUCCACUUUGGCAGAUUUGGAACAAAGACGUAGUGUGCUUGCGUGGCGUGCGAUGAGGAUGGCAAGAACAACCAAUUUAGGCUCAUUGGGAAAGAUGCGUUGUGAGAUGCCAGAUGGUUCUACAACUAUUGGACCUCGUGUUGAUGACGUUACUCGAUUGAUGCAAGCCAUUUCGGAUAAGGAAAACGGCAUACCCGCAUUGCCAACGCCUGCACCGAAAAAGGAAGAAGAUGAGACUAUGAAAGUUGAUGAAAAGGCUGAACAAUCAGCUGAACAAACAGUUGAAAAUGUUGCAGCGGCGGAAGGAGAAGAAAAAGCAAACGAAGCUGAAGGAGAAGAGAAGGCAAAGGAAGAGGAAGGAGAAGAGGCUACAGCUGACUCGCCAGAGUAUGAACCUGAAGAGAAUGCAACCUUUCCGCUCGAAGGGGAGACAUCCUUGGAAGUUACCGCGACCGAGACUGCAGACACAGCAAUGAAAGGUGAAGAAACACCGAAAGCAGCGGUAGAUGACCAAGAACAAGCAUCAGACGCCCAGGAACAAGAUACAAACACCGGCGAACAGGAAGGCGAAGAUACCAAGAUGGAGGAAUGA